CAGUCGCACAAGGCGAAGCGGCUGCUGCCCGUGUUGAUUCAGCCUCCUGCUCCUCCUUCUCCUGCCUCCUCCUGGUCUUCAGCACUGCUCUCCGCUGGACAGCUCCUCCUCGGACACCUCUAACGCUCCGUGGUCCCUCUAAGUCUUUUAAUGGAAAUAAAAUCUAUUUAUGUUCCACGAAAAACUGGGAGUUUACAACUUCAUCAAGAGGAGGAAUCUACGGAUACCUCGUUUCAAAAUUCGUGGCAGGCAGCGCAUCCUCGGCGGCACAGAUCACAGAUUCAUUGUUAACGGCGACUGACGAGCCGUGUCUGUACAGGCUUCACCUCCAGACAUUUGGUCCAAAGGUUAGGUCUUAAAACCGCGAAACUGCUGUCUACGUGGACUGGUGCUGAAGCCUCCCGUCCGACUGCCAGGACCUCUGCCAAAUCCAGAGACAUGGCGACGAACGGCACCAAAACGGAUGGACAAGUCACAGAACUGAACGAAGUGGCCACUAAUAAUGACAAGCCCAAGUCGUUGGAUGUGAAACCCGACAAGCAGAAAAAGGAAAUUCCUGAUAGAGAAACAUGGGCGGGAAAAUUUGAUUUCCUUCUGUCAUGUGUGGGUUAUGCAAUUGGACUGGGCAACGUAUGGAGAUUUCCCUAUCUCUGUGGAAAAAACGGAGGAGGAGCCUUCUUGAUUCCCUAUUUUUUGACUCUCAUAUUUGCUGGGGUCCCCUUGUUUCUACUGGAAUGCUCCCUUGGCCAGUACACCUCAAUUGGAGGGCUUGGUGUAUGGAAACUGGCUCCUAUGUUUAAAGGUGUUGGUCUUGCAGCAGCUGUCCUGUCCUUCUGGCUUAACAUUUACUACAUUGUAAUCAUUGCUUGGGCCAUUUACUACCUGUACAACUCCUUCACCACUGACCUUCCAUGGAGCUCAUGUAAUAAUCCAUGGAACACAGAGAAAUGUUAUGUAAACUACAGCAUUGUAGAUACCACCAAUCUCACCAGUGCAGUGAUGGAGUUUUGGGAGCGCAACAUGCAUCAAAUGACCGAUGGCUUGGAAAAACCAGGCCAGAUUCGAGUGCCACUGGCAAUAACAUUGGCCAUCGCCUGGGUCCUUGUGUACUUCUGUAUCUGGAAAGGGGUUAGCUGGACAGGGAAGGUCGUUUACUUCUCAGCUACAUAUCCAUAUUUCAUGCUGUUUAUUCUCUUCAUCCGUGGGGUGACUCUACCUGGAGCUAAAGAAGGGAUUCUGUUCUAUAUCACCCCUGACUUUGAAAAACUCAAAGAAUCUGAGGUAUGGCUAGAUGCUGCCACACAGAUUUUUUUCUCUUACGGAUUGGGACUGGGGUCACUUAUAGCUCUGGGCAGCUAUAAUCCUUUCAAUAACAAUGUUUACAGAGACUCUGUCAUCGUGUGCUGCAUCAACUCAUGUACCAGCAUGUUUGCUGGUUUUGUCAUCUUCUCCAUUGUUGGCUUCAUGGCACAUGUGACAAAGAAAUCCAUUGCCGAUGUAGCAGCCUCAGGCCCGGGCUUGGCUUUUCUGGCCUACCCAGAAGCUGUAACCCAGUUGCCUGUGUCUCCGCUCUGGGCCAUUCUGUUCUUCUCCAUGUUGCUCAUGCUGGGGAUAGACAGCCAGUUCUGCACUGUCGAAGGCUUCAUCACUGCUCUGGUGGAUGAGUUUCCCAGGGCUCUUAGGGGUAGACGAGAGCUCUUCAUUGCAGUUGUCUGUCUGGUGUCCUAUGUGAUCGGACUGUCAAACAUCACACAGGGAGGCAUCUAUGUGUUCAAGCUGUUUGACUACUACUCUGCCAGUGGAAUGUGUCUGCUCUUCUUGGUCUUCUUUGAGUGCAUCUCCAUAUCCUGGUGCUAUGGUGUGAACAAGUUCUACGACAACAUCCAGGAGAUGAUCGGCUACAAGCCGUGUAUAUGGUGGAAGAUGUGCUGGGUCGUGUUCACCCCUCUCAUUGUCGCUGGGGUGUUCUUGUUCAGCGCCGUACAAAUGGUUCCACUCAAAAUGGGAGACUAUGUUUUCCCAGGCUGGGGUCAGGGAGUGGGCUGGCUCAUGGCCUUGUCCUCCAUGAUUCUCAUACCAGGAUACAUGAUCUAUAUGUAUCUCGGCCUCAAAGGCACCUACAAAGAGCGACUUCGGAUAAUGCUUCAGCCUCCUGCAGUGGUCAGGCGGCCUCAGGAGAAUGGACCUGAGCAGCAGGCGGAAACCAACACUCCUAACCUAGCUAGCCCUGCCAAUCCAGCUAAUCCUGCCAGCCCUGCCAACCCCGCUCCUGCAAACCCCGCCAGCCCUACCAAUCCGGCUCCUGUCAACUCAACCAGCCCCACAACCCCCGCUAACACGGCCCCGCCGGCCAACCCGGUCAGCGCCGCUAGCCCCGUGAACCCGGCAGCUAGUCCCACCACCGCAGUCAGUCCAGCUAACCCCACCACCACAACCAGCCCAACCAGCCCACCACCCAACCCAGCUAGCCCAACGGAGCCUGUUAACCCUCCCAACCCGACAAGCCCGACCACUAACUUGACCAAUGCAGAGGCCAACGUCUAGUCAACAAAGAAACCCUCAUGGAGUAUGUAGACAAAAAAAGAACAUUACAAAGGACUUCCAAGAUUUUAAUUGAUUCACCUACCUCCAGGGGCAAUAUGUGAUCAAAACAGAUUUUCAAACCAUAUUUAAUUUUUCUGCAUUUGUAAAACCAAGCCAAUGAUGUCUUAUUGUUGGUUUGCAUUCUGAAUACAAUAUCAAAGACUGUUAGUGUUCGCAAAUACUACCAUAAAUCUGAAUAAAAUAUGUAAACAUACUGUGUAAUACUGUGAGAAAAGAAAAAAAAACACAUAGAAAAUAGAAUAGCAAUUUGUUGAAUAUCUUCAUGAAUCAAGUAAAUACAGUGUGAAUAUAGUAGAUGAAGUAGUGAACAAAAUUGACAUCACUGGAGAGUGCAAGAGAUGGGGUCAAUUUUAUUGUGGAUGUUUACCAAACCUCACACAGUUGUCUCUUUUCCAAACGUUGCACUCUGUGAGGUGAACCACAGGCCACAUGGCAAACUGGGGAGCUCUGAGUAAGCACAAUGCCAAUAAGAAGUUAACGUCUAGGAGCCCUGGAGAAAUCCAGUAUAUGUUGCAAAAGAUUUUGUGUGUGAGAGAGACUGUUAUUUUUUCUUCCUUUUUUGAGUAAAAAAAAUCUUUUAUGUGAUUGAAACAUUUUUAGAAUUAUUUUUAGGAUGUUUUAUACUAUAUGUGUUGUGAUGGAGGACCAAAAUCAUUAGGCAGACAAAAGCAAAAACUAUGCCAUUUAGUGUUUGGUUGGCAAAGCACAGGGUACAAAAAAAGUACGAAAAGAAAAAAAAAGAAAAAAAAAACAAACACAAAAAAAUAUAGAGCAAAAGCACAGGGUUAGAAAAGUGAUUUACAAACAUUGACUAUCCCUUAAUGCUGACAGUCAAUCCUGUUUACGUUUUGCAUGCUUUCCUCAGGAACAUCAGUGAAAAAUUUCUGAAAUGUCUCCUGACAAAGAAAAGAAAAAAAGAAGAAGUACAGAGAAGGCCUUAAGCCAGUUAACAACCAAUUU